AGGCUGCAGGAGUUUAGAGCUGGCAGUGCUUAUCUAGCUUGGCUCGUUGUGAGCCAAGCUGGAGACGAGCGCGGCUCGCUUGGCUGGUUCGCUGUCCGUGGUACUGAAAGCGCGCUCACAGUUCAACUCCUGUCCUAUCAGGGCCGCUGAACCGCGGCUCGAAGGCGUUGAGAGACCCUCCAUGGAAGAGAUGGAAGAGGAGCUCAAGUGCCCGGUUUGCGGCUCCUUCUACCGAGAACCUCUAAUCCUACCCUGUUCACACAAUCUGUGUCAGGCAUGUGCCCGAAACAUCCUGGUGCAGACGCCAGAGACGGAGUCGCCUCAGAGCCGGCGUGCCUCAGGGUCAGUUGGCUCCUCAUCUGACUAUGACUACCUGGACCUGGACAAGAUGAGCCUGUACAGUGAGGCGGACAGCGGCUAUGGCUCAUAUGGUGGCUUUGCCAGUGCACCUACUACACCAUGUCAGAAGUCACCCAAUGGUGUGCGUGUCUUCCCUCCAACUGUCCCUCCAGCUGCACAUCUCCCACCGGUUUCAGCCACUGCCUCAUUGGCACCGGUGCCACGCAAUUCCUGCCUCACCUGCCCACAGUGCCAUCGCAGCCUGAUUCUGGAUGAGCGGGGCCUUCGUGGUUUCCCCAAGAAUCGUGUUUUGGAGGGUGUCAUUGACCGUUACCAGCAAAGCAAAGCAGCUGCUCUGCGCUGUCAACUGUGUGAGAAGGUACCCAAGGAGGCCACGGUCAUGUGUGAACAGUGCGACGUCUUCUAUUGUGACCCAUGCCGGCUGCGCUGCCAUCCGCCACGGGGCCCCCUGGCUAAGCACCGUUUGGUCCCUCCAGCUCAGGGCCGGGUCAGCCGGAGGCUCAGCCCACGCAAGAUCUCCACCUGCACUGACCAUGAGCUAGAGAAUCACAGCAUGUACUGUGUGCAGUGCAAGAUGCCUGUUUGUUACCAGUGUCUGGAGGAAGGCAAGCAUUCCAGUCAUGAGGUGAAGGCAUUGGGUGCCAUGUGGAAACUACAUAAGAGCCAGCUGUCCCAGGCCCUGAAUGGACUUUCAGACAGAGCCAAAGAAGCCAAAGACUUUUUGGUACAGCUACGCAACAUGGUUCAACAAAUCCAGGAGAACAGCGUGGAGUUUGAAGCGUGCCUGGUUGCCCAGUGUGAUGCGCUUAUUGAUGCUCUCAACAGAAGGAAAGCCCAGCUGUUGUCACGGGUCAACAAAGAACAUGAGCACAAACUGAAGGUGGUACGUGAUCAGAUCUCUCACUGCACAGUAAAGCUGCGCCAGACCACAGGGCUGAUGGAAUACUGUCUGGAGGUCAUCAAAGAGAAUGACCCCAGUGGAUUCUUGCAGAUUUCUGAUGCACUGAUACGAAGAGUGCAUUUGACUGAGGAUCAGUGGGGGAAAGGGACACUCUCUCCAAGGAUGACCACAGACUUCGACCUCAACCUUGAUAGUGCCCCUUUGUUGCAGUCCAUCCACCAACUCGACUUCAUGCAAAUGAAAUCUUCCUCCCCAGUGCCAGCCCCCCCAAUCCUUCAACUGGAAGAAUGUUGUACCCAUAACAACAGUGCCACAUUGUCAUGGAAGCAGCCACCUCUGUCCACAGUGCAGGUGGAAGGAUACAUCUUGGAACUGGAUGAUGGGAAUGGUGGUCAAUUCAGGGAGGUUUACGUUGGGAAGGAGACAAUGUGCACUGUGGAUGGUCUGCACUUCAACAGCACCUACAGUGCUCGGGUAAAGGCUUUCAACAAGACAGGGGUCAGCCCCUACAGCAAGACAUUGGUCCUGCAGACUUCAGAGGACUCUGAACCUGAGGAGCAGGCCCUGACAUUCCCAGUGCCUUUGGAAAGGCUGCCGCUGCGUAGAUCAAGUCCUUUCUCUUCCACCCUUAACCUGCAAAACAGCUUUCCGGGGAGAUCCUACUUUGAGCUAAGAUCCUCGUCCCACCAAAUGAGUUUGCACUCCUCUUUACAAUCUCUGAAUUCGGCCGGUUUUGAGGCUCAGUCAGGACCUUUCUCCCAAUUAGGCAAGUAUAUUUGUUCCACUUCAGUGAUGUGGCCUUUAUUCUGGUCUGUUGUUUCUCCAGCUUUCUUGUUUGUACAAAGAUCUCCAUUCAGUCUAAGACAAUGUCUGUUCUGCUGUAAUGUGUGACCGUUCUGAGACAAGGGUGUUACUGCAGAAUAUUCCAUGGAGGGGAUUUCAAAGUGAGAAAGACUCGGAAGAUCACAAGGGUUAGUUUGUUGAAGAGAGAGUAGGCAUUAGGCUCCAAUGGAUACACAACUUCGUUAAUACUCUCCCUCAUUCAUGCAUGCUUCCUACAUACAUUCUAUGCACAUUCCUAUACUCUCCUAUAAUCUAUAUAAAUAAAAAUGUAAAUGUUUGUUUGUUCAAAAUCUUAAAUCUCUGAAAGUUCUUCACUGAUUGCUUUGAAAUUUUGACACAAGGUUGCAUUCGAAUACGUGCGUGUUUUUAUAUACCUAUAUUAUAUAGAUGUCACACCUGUGACAGGUAAAAACAUGCUUUUUACAGCUUUUUACAGAUUACGUCCAACAGUGCCAUCUGUUGGACGUAAUCUCUAUAUCUGCACCCAAUGGAACAACAAAAAAUAUUGUAUACCCACAAGCAUUGUGAAAUUAAACAUAUUACAAGCAUGCGCUUUCUCUUUUCUUUCUUUUCCAUUUAACCACACUGAGCCACAGCAAUGCGUGGCUGGGUACAGCUAAUAUACUAAUAAGUUCCUGAAUCCCCCUUUGGUGUCAGAGCCUCUCAGGAAGACAGGAUUUAGAUCCCUACAGAUUUGAGGCUUUUCUACUGAUUAGGUUAUCUAAGUGAGAUAUUCAAAAUAGUAGCUCAGAGUGGAAAGCACCAAUCCAAACACACAGGUAGAGGGAAAUGUAUGGCACAAGGGCUGUGGAAUUCUACAGUGAAAAGCCAACACAAUUAGCAAAAAAAUGGGCUUCCAAAGCAAGCGUAGGCAGGGCAUUCCAAGUCUAUGAGAUGCAAUCUGUGAAAUGCAUCUGUUUCAUAUUUAGUCUGCAGAUUGGAAGUUUAUGUAGGGCUGGGGAAAAGUUGUGAUCAGCUGUAACACCAAGAAAAAGUAACAUCACAAGCCUCAAGAAGCCAAUGGCUUGCCAUCAAGAUUUAAUAGCUCAAGGUUCCUUUCCAACACCUGACCCCAUUUUUAGCCAAUGAACAUGGCUACAAAUGGUGGACUUUUACCCCAUAUUGCAGGGGUGUCAAACUCGCAGCGUCACAUGAUGUGUCGCAACGUAUUGCGACUUUUUCCCCAUUGCCGGCAAUGGAGUGGGCAUGGUUUUGGCAUGACACAUCUGGCCUGUGGGCUGGUAGUUUGACACCCCUGCCCUAUUGACUCAAAAGCUGUCCAGAAAGAAUGACUGAUUGAGUUAUUAAACCAGGUUCCAUGAACUUGGAUUCAGCUAUUGCAAUAUAGAAGAUGAGGGCUGAAUAUUCUUUUUACUGAAUCAUAUGGAAACUGAGGAAUGUUCAGUUCCCAUUUGGUUCUGAAAGAGUUUUUGGAAAAGCAGGUGAUCCAAACCAAAAAAAAAAUCCAUUCUGAUUUAAGUUGAUUUGCUCAUACCUUCCCCUUCCCAUCUGUACAGCUAUGUGGUCCUUUUGUAUAUUACAUAGGGUUUUUGUUAUCACCCAACUGAUGGAACAGCUCUGGAAGCAGAGCUAAGUAAGAGAGAAAUGAUGCAGUUAAUCUCCAUGUGUGAAUAUAGUAAAGAUCAUAAUUGGAAGUUUUGAUCUGUGUAUAAUUGCCAGUUUUACUUAUUGUUUAUUCUCCUUCAUGCAUUCCACUUGGAAUGACAACAGUUGAUAUUAAAAAAAUGGUAGCAGGUAUGAGCUCUCUUUGGUGCAUGGGGAACAUGUGUAUGUACGUGGGUAUAUAAACAAACUGCAUUGAUUGGCAUUGAGUGGAUAUGUGUGUGUUUAUCCUAUAUGUUUGUGGCAUGACACCAAAAAUUAUGUUCCUCUUGUGUUGUAGACAAGGUGGUGUCUUUUCAAGUAUGCAGGUGGAAUAUGCUAGGUAGCUAUAUAAAAGUUCCAUAGCGUCAGGAAGGCAGUUAUAAGGAGGAAAGUUGAUCAGGUGUGUUAAGACCUCUCUUAAGAUUUCUCCUUUGUAUUUCACUCUGAUAACUGCCUUCCUCUGCCCUCUCAUUUUGCAAUAUAUAUCUCCAGUUCUGGCCCACUGACUGACAUGCACAAAGUAAAUAUACAGUAGCUGCAAAUAAGAAAGUUAUAUGAGAUGAUUCUAUAUUGUUUGACGGGACAUAGAAAUUACUUUAGGGUAUAGCUUUUUCUUUUCUGACAUUUGCUUGGCUCAUCACCAUCUGACGUCUUGCCAGGUUUAAAAUAUUGAUUGUCUUUCCUGGUGCCACUUAAAAAAGGCCUUUAAAAUUUCAGAAUAGAAAAACAGUCAAUAUUUUUGCAAAGACUCGACCCAAGUAAAAUGGUGUUGUUUUUGUGCUUUUGUUCAUUUUCUCACAAAAUGCAUGAAAGACUUAUUUAUGAAUUUACAAAGCCUGAUUUAAUUUGGUUAUCUGCAAUAUAGUAUAUCCACGUGUUUGUGACCCCCUCUAAAACCAUUAGCUGAAUAUUAGGCUAAAUCUCCAGUUUAAUAGUGGGACCAAUGUUAGAGAGGAUGUGUUUGGGAUGCAUUUUAAUCUAGAUUCCUACACUGAGCAAGGGGCUGAAUGCAAUGGUCUAAAUGGCCCCUUCCAACUCUAAAAUCCAUAGAUAGAAUCCUACCAGGUUGAUUAUUAUGCAUGUUAGCUCCAGGAGUGCUAGUUUUCUGCUGCUAUGUAAUAUCCUUCACAUGGUGAAUGGUAUAAUAUGUGGCCACAUUCUUGGUAUUCCAUUUCAUUUCAGCUCUUCCAUUCACUAAGCGUUAGGCUUUUUAGCAGAACUUUCUCCAAACAGACUACUGUUUCUCAGCCGCAACAAUUUUAAGAUGCGUGGACUUCAACUCCUAGAAUUCUGGGAGUUGAAGUCUGCACAUCUUAAAGUUUCCAAGGUUGAAAAACAUCAGAAUACAUAUUUUCCAACCUUCUUGCUUUUUAAGCCGACCCAGUUUGCCUCUGUGUCCCACAUUUUGGAUUUACUGCAGAAACACUCAUCAAAACCCUCUUGAGGAGUCUUUACUGGAUACAGACUCAACUUCUUCCUCUUGCAUGGCAGCAUGCAAUGCUUUUGGUGACAACUGUGUGUCUCUGCCUACCAUCAUAUUCAC